AUGCUUAUAGGGCACUGUGUUGCAACAAUUCCCACUAAUUAUAAGGUUGUAACUACAACGGUUUGUUGCAACAUCUGUUGCAACAAAACCCUACGGCUACCAGUACACUACUGGCCUGUCGGACAUUGCCGAGCAGGCCGCCACCGUCGUCGUCGUCACCGAAACCCCGCCGCCACCGUUCGCGACGCGCUCGUCGUCGUCGCGCCGCCGCCCGCUCCCCGACGCGCACCCACGUGCUGCCCGCCGCGCCCGCCGAUCCUUCCCACGCGCCUACCGACACGCCACCCAGCCGUUCACCGCCCCGACGCGCGCUCGCGCCGCCUUUCCCACGCUCCGCUCGCCGUGCUGACGGUCGCGCGCGCUCGCCCUCGCGGUCGCACGUGCAUCCGCGAGCGUGGCGCUCGAAAUCGCGCUCUCGGCAGAUGCCGAGGUCGCGCUAGCCAACCC